AUGGAACUCCAGAAAAUUCCCAACGGUCACCAUGAUCUUGUCCCCGAAAAAAAUGCACUUGAAGACGGAUUUGAUGCCCUGGAGAACAUGGCAGAGGGAGAUACAUUCCUCCCUCACAAGACCGAUGGAAAAACGCAGGCCCAGUUUACGGACUUUGAGGGGAAGACGUCAUUUGGAAUGUCCGUUUUUAACCUCAGCAAUGCCAUCAUGGGCAGUGGAAUUCUGGGACUGGCGUACGCCAUGGCCAACACUGGCAUCAUCACCUUCCUAAUCCUGCUGGUGUUCAUUGCUAUUUUGUCAGCCUACUCCAUUCACUUGCUCUUGAAAUGUGCAGGAGUGGUUGGAAUCCGAGCAUAUGAACAGUUGGGAUUUCGUGCAUUUGGGACACCAGGAAAAAUCAUAGCGGCCUGCAUUAUAGCCACACACAACAUCGGAGCAAUGUCGAGCUACCUGUUCAUUGUGAAGACUGAGCUGCCAACUGUUAUACAAGGCCUGUUACCACAUGGGGACACAUCAAUAUCGUGGUAUAUGAAAGGAGAAUACCUCAUUAUCAUGGUUAGCAUCGCCAUCAUCCUUCCUCUCGCACUCAUGAGACGGCUCGGUUAUCUGGGCUACACCAGCAGUUUCUCUCUCACAUGCAUGGUGUUCUUUCUUAUCUCUGUCAUCUACAAGAAAUUUGUCACCAGUUGUCCAUUUGAAAACAUGGAUUCCGCCAUCACACAUUCUGAUCAUAUGCAUGAAAACAUAACAAAUGGGACCUGUGAGGCAAAGUUAUUCACCAUGAAUCAGAAGUCGGCGUAUACCAUACCAAUUCUGGCUUUUGCCUUUGUGUGUCAUCCAGAGGUGCUUCCUAUUUAUACAGAGCUCAGGAGACCAACACAGAAGCGCAUGCAGACCGUUGCCAACAUCUCCAUUCUGGCCAUGUUUGUCAUGUACCUGCUAACGGCUUUGUUUGGCUACCUCACCUUUUAUGACAGCGUGAACGAUGAGCUUCUUCACACGUAUGAUAAAUUUGACACACUGAUUUUGUGUGUACGCUUCGCCGUUCUGGUGGCUGUCACUCUCACUGUUCCUGUGGUCCUUUUCCCGAUCCGCAGAGCUGUCCAGCAGCUUCUGUUUCCUGAUAAACCCUUCCAGUGGACAAGGCACAUCGCCAUCGCUGUCUGCCUGCUAAUCAUUGUCAAUGUGCUUGUCAUCCUUGUACCCAACAUUAAAGACAUCUUCGGUGUCAUUGGUGCAACAACUGCUCCCAGUCUCAUCUUCAUCCUCCCUGGAACAUUCUACCUCCGAAUUGUCCCUGAGGAGCAAGAGGGUCUCAAAUCUCGACCAAAGAUCCAGGCGGCUGCAUUUGCUGGUUUGGGCUUUAUCUUCAUGCUGAUGAGUCUGUCACUCAUCGCCCUGGACUGGGCAACUGGAGAGGGAAAAAUGAAAGGCGGGCACUAA